CGGGAGGGCCGGGGGCUCUGCUAUCGAUUGAGGCCGUCUGGACGGGGCGGCGGCAGCGCUACCGUUUCUGCCGUUGGCGCAGGGCUGCCGCCUAGCUGCCGCCAUCAUGUGGAGAGCUGUCGCUGUCGCGUCGGCCCCGGUGCGGGCCUUGUUCCGCGCCCCUCGGCGACCGGCCGUAAGCAUGGCCGUGUCCCCCGCCGCCGCGCUGGCGGACGAGCGGGUGGAGACGCGGGUUGCGGGGCUGGGCCCGGGGCAGCCGGUGACCCUGCGGGCUGUGGCAGCGGAUGAGCGCGGAUGCCUCUUCCAGUCGUGCGCGCACUAUCGGGCGGACGGCCGCGGCGAGCUGCACCUGGGCACGGACGCUUCGCAGGGCGGGGACUACACCGGCGUGGAGCCCAUGGGGCUCUUUUGGAGCCUCGCCCCCGCCGGCAUGGAGAGGCCUUACCAGCGGCUCGUUCCCCGCAGCACCGGCACCCCGAUGAAGGUGGAGAUGCUGGUGCACCAGGGCCAUAGCCAGCCCGGCGCCUUCCCCGGGCCCGUGGUGGCCAAGGCCGAGGUGGAGAGGUGGUUUACGGCCCCCGGCGUGCGGAGGAUCCGGCUGAAGGAGGGAAGAGUAAGGGGUUCUCUCUUCCUGCCGCCGGGGGAUGGCCCCUUUCCAGGAGUGAUCGACAUGUAUGGGGAUGAAGGAGGUUUGGUUGAAUUUAGAUCCAGUCUCCUGGCUACCCGUGGCUUUGCUGCUCUUUCUCUGCCGUAUUUUGACUUUGAAGAUCUGCCUAAGGUCAUGAAAGAAUUCCAACUUGAGUACUUUGAGGAGGCAGCUAGAUUCCUACAGCGUCACCCCAAGGUGAAGGGACCAGGAGUUGGAGUGAUUGGGACUGGGAAAGGGGCAGAAUUAGCACUCUCCAUGAUCACCUUCCUGCCUGAAGUAGUGGCUGCUGUCUGUAUCUCCGGCUGUAGUUCAAACACAGUUGCAGACCUCCAUUAUGGUGAGAUGACUCUGCCUGGGCUGCGUUUUGAUAUGAAAAAGGUCAGUGUUUCUGACAAUGGUGUAUUUGACAUUUUUGAAGCUCUGGAUGACCCAACAAAUCCUGCCAAUUCUCCUUGCACGAUCCCCAUUGAAAAAGCAGAAGGUCACUUUCUCUUGGUGGUAGGGGAAGAUGAUCGUAUGUGGAAGAGCUCCUUAUAUGCUGAGCUGGCAAUUGGGCGUCUACGCCAGCAUGGAAAAGAAAACUUUAAACUCCUGAGUUAUCCAGGAGCUGGUCACCGAAUUGAUCCUCCCUCUACUCCAUUUUGUCAGGUAGCUAUGGAUCGUGUCCUGGGCGUGCCUGUUCUGGGGGGUGGAGAGAGCAAAGCACAUGCCCAUGCACAGGAACACUCCUGGGGAAAGAUUCAGGAGUUUCUGCGCUUGCAUUUGGGAUGAGCACUUAACCACCUGCAAACUGUGGCAGAACUGCAGAGGACUGAGCUUGAGCCAACAAAAUGACUGGUGAAUUGGAGGGACUGACUGAGAAAAGCUUUGAAAUGUGAAACAACCAAAUGACUACUUAGCUACAAGCAUAAAUCCAAAAAGAAAGGGAUUUCUUUGGGCUAGUUUAAGUUAUUUUAACUGGGUACACAGAGGUAAAGUGAAACAAUGAUAAAUUGCACUGUAGUACAAAUUGGACAGCCUGAAUUGGUCAUGAUGUCAAGAAACAAGUACCUGAGGAGAGUAGUAGGUACUUUUUUGCUUGCAGUAUUUACGACUCUGAAUUUAACAGCUAGCCUACACUCUCAGCAAUUACAGACUGGAUCACACCUCAGAAAUGAUGGCACUGAAUGAUAAACUUUGCCAUCAAAAUGAUGAAUGAUUCGGGCUUUUGGUCUUAAGUUACCUUAGCCCAGAACUCUCACAUUACAGCCGUACACACUUUGGAAAUGUUCCCUAUAUACAUGAAGCUGGGGAUAUCUAUUUGUAAGGAGGCUAGUAUACCUUGAUCUUAGGUAGUGGUCUUCUGGUGACACCAUCUGUUUCCAACAAAAACUCUAGUGUGGGAAAAUGAAGAGAACUUCUUCUGUCAUCCAGAAUGGCAACACUAGCACUGUCUUGGAUUAGGGAUGUAACCAUCUGUUCCUCUUAUGUCUUGGACUGACGUUUGACACUCAGUAUUCAAAUGCUGUUGUAUAGGUUAAAGUAUGGUUAAAUUAGUUAUGCUGCGUGCAGGUCUUAAAUCUCUCCUCAUUGCUUGUUUCAAACUAAUAACACCUGUCAUUUAGUUAGGGAUUAAUUACUUGUGGGACUCAUUAGUUAUGGUGUCAAUGGAUGCUGACAGUUGUUCUUAGGAAGGAAGUGGAGUUGAGAGAAAACCUAGUUAAUAGAAGAUUUAAGACUGACUGUAAAAAGCUGUCACCUUAUGGCAAUGAUUAACUUAUAAUACUUAAAACCACAAACCGACACACUCCUCUGUCCCCAUCAUCCCUCCCCCCCCGCCCAAGAAAAAAAAAACAGACAAACCCAGGAUAUCUUUUCCGUGACUGCCUGAGAUUGCUGAAGGUGGGAUUUUUAAUCCUAAUGAAUUUUUGGCUAGUGCCUGAUUUUUCCCCACCAUUUAGGCAGAAGGAAGCAACUUACUCCCAAAUGAGUUGAUCUCUCACAGGGGUCUCUCUGGAGUGGUGCCAGCAUAGAAGGCCUGUUUAAGGAGGGCCUCUGUCAGUACAAUUUCUCCUUCCAAGGUCAUUUUGUCAGACCAGUUUGAGAGGAAGAUACAAAACCUUCAUCUGAGACAGGCUUUGAAAUGUGAAAUAACCAAAUGACUACUUAGCUACAAGUGUAAAUCCAAAAAGAAAGGAAUUUGUAGGAAUCCAGGAAGAUACAAAACCUUCAUCUGUGGUACUCAGUUCUGCUUUGCUCUCAGGGAUCUUUUCUCUCCAGUUAACUGUCAUUAUGCUGCUGUUCAGGUCUCAUUAACUUUCUGCAACUCUUAUUACUCCUUAUCAUUUGAUUGAAGUCACAUGUUCUCCAGACACCAUCGCUGCCAAUUGAACAAUUUAUCCAUCCACUUCUUCCAAGAGAAGCUCCAUCCUGCUCACUCCGCACAGAAUGUCUUUAUGCGCAGUCUCUCCAAACUCCCUCACUGGCUGAAGAGGCGUUUGCAGAGUCCUGGCUGGUGCUUGAACCUCCACUAAAACUGGCAGCCCAGGAAGUCCAGAACCACAGCCUGCUGUGACAUGUGUGUUAGCGUCACCCAUGGUUAGUACCCUGCCUUUUAUUCAAGCUGCAGCCAUAGAGGAAAGGGUUGUCCAAUGGUUUCUGUUUGGUCUGCUUCAUCAGGUGCAUCUUCAGUAGUUAGAGUGGUAUUGUGGUAGAGCAGCACUCCCUCUAACCAUGUUUUGUUACCCACCUGUGACUCCACACUACAGUCCUACCUCAGCAUAUCUGUUGCCAUGAACAAUUGUGAGCUGGAGGUUCAGGAAGUAAAUGUUGUUAAUAAACCAAAAACCAGGUAGCUUGAAAGUCCUAGAACUUUGUUUCUAAAGCACAAGCCUUUAAAGUAAUUCAGUGUUAGAUGUUGUCAGAUAUAUGCAAUUUGAAAGAGAAGUAAAACACUAUAUAAAAAAAGCAAGAAUUUGAUGUUAUAUUUUUGUUUCUGAACAGUUCAUUUGUUUUGAAAGCUGAAUGAUAUUUUUUUAAACAAAGGAGGAAAAAUAAAAGACAUGUAAUUUUA